CUUUUAUUUUCGAAUGGAUGAAAGUGUGAAAACGCAAAGUGAAACCAAAGUUGUUUUAAUUUUUCAUGUGAAAAAUAAACGUGAUUCUACAUGUGAGGAAAAGCCGAGGGAAACGUCUCUCCUCUGCGCUGUUGGACUUGAACUGCUUUCGUCGUGUCACAGACUUGAUUGACAGCUGCUCUGCUCCAAUCGCAUCGUCCGUUUCCUCCCUGACUCCGCAAAGGAGGCUGGGAAAGCGCCGAGGAGUCGUUACUACGGUGCACUUAGUUUCCCAAGACUCAGAAGCUUCAGCUUGAUGGAGCUGAGAAGGUUUGGUCCGCAGCAGCAGAAACACCGACGGCAGUGACGUCAGCAGCGUCUCCUCUGGACUCAGAUCAAAGAUGAAGCUUCUCUGACAGGAUUUACUACUUGAACUACUUUUUUUCUCUCCACAAGAAGAAACUCCAACAUCACUUCUUCUCCUGCAGCUGCUCCUUGUCCCAGACAUGAUGUUCUCCUCUAACGGGAAACGCUGCUUCACCAUCGAGUCCCUGGUGGCUAAAGACAACCCUCUGACUGCUGAGGAACCCAUCCGUCCCACGGCCCUCACCUACGCCACUCCAAGCACCGACGUGUUAAUCAACGGGUACCAUAGUCCGGCGAACCGACCCCUCUACCAGAGCCCCGAGCUGGUUUUUCCCGAGGCCUUGACCCACCAUCACCACCACCAGAACCACCACCCGUCCUCCAUCAGCGUGUCUCCCCACCAGCAGCUCCAAAACCUGCAGAACCUCCAGAGUCCACACUUUUUCGGAACGCAGCCCACGCGGGACCCGCUCAGCUUUUACCCCUGGGUUCUGCGGAACCGGUUCUUCGGUCACCGAUUCCACGGGUCUGACGUGGCCCAGGACAGUCUCCUUCUCCACGGUCCAUUUGCACGGAAACCUAAACGCAUCAGAACGGCCUUCUCUCCGUCUCAGCUGCUGCGCCUGGAGAGAGCCUUUGAGAAGAACCACUACGUGGUGGGAGCGGAGAGGAAACAGCUGGCCAACAGUCUGAGCUUGUCUGAGACACAGGUGAAGGUCUGGUUCCAGAACAGGAGAACCAAAUACAAGCGCCAGAAGCUGGAGGAAGAAGGUCCAGAGAGUCAGCAGAAGAAGAAGGGAAACCACCACAUCAACAGGUGGCGCAUCGCCACCAAACAGAGCAGCAACGAGGACGUGGACGUCACCUCCGAAGACUGAGAUUAGACGUCCCAGAGAACCCAGACCAGACUGACCAAGAUCAGAAAAUAUAGACCGACACCAGAACCACUAAGACCAGAUCAUCUGAGAUCACAGAGAGGACUGAGACCAGACUGAUCCAGACCCCGAACAACAUGGAGAGCAGAACAAAUGCAGCCUUGACGAGGACUAAGACAACACCGACAAAGACCAGUGA